GUUUAUAUUUUACGACCCAAAAAAAAAAGGCUGAGUUUUUUUGUAAACUUAAAAAGGUUGUAGUUUUCUCUGUUGAGUACGGGUGCAUCGUCUCUACCAGUACCAGGAAAAUUGAAGGAUUCAAAGCUUUGGUUUUUGAACAUGGCGGAAGUAAGUCUUGGUAUGCUUAUAGACAUUGUGGACGAGGAGUGGAUGAGGGACACUUUACCUGAUGAUGAUCUUCCUUUGCCUCCAGUGCUUGCUGUUAGGACUGAUGAUACUGAAGAAACCAAUCAGGAAACUCAACAAGCAGAUGCAGAAACAUGGCGUGAUCUUGCACUGGAUACACAGUAACAGCCACUUAAAAGCACUAUGAAAGCUUCUUAAAUCUCCUUUGUUUCUCGCUGUGUAUGAUCAAAAACAAAACUUUUGUAUGAUGAAGACAUAAUUUGCGUUAUUGGAAUAAUUUUUUCUUGCUU